UCAAAGACAUCAAACUGGGACGUUCUUCUUAACAAGUUCCAAAAAGAAAGUCAGUGCAGCGAAAACAGACGAUCCGAAGAAUAACCCUUUUAUCCUUUUCUACAAUAAUCAUCAUCACCUUCUUCUUCUACAGUAAAUCUGAUCAGCUUGAUCUUAUGUCAAUGGAGUUUUUUUAGAUAAAACCCAGAUUCACAGAGAAAUCUGAAAGCUGAGAAAAAAAAGAGAAAGGUAAGACCUUUUUAUCUGUACACAAGUGAUCAUGGCUGUUGCUGAGAAUGGUGGGGCAAAAAUCGGGUCUUCGGGUCAAAAUUCGAACAGCGGUGGUGUAGUGUCAGCUGACUCAAACGAGGUGGAGAAAUUGAAAACCAGAAGCGAUCAGAAUCUGGACGGUGUUUUAAACCAUCAACACCAAAAUGGAGUUCCGAGCAAUAUAUCAGUUUCUAACAGUAAUUACAACUACAACGCUCAAAUGGGUCAGAUGCUCGCAAAUGGGGUUCAGAACCAGCAAUUGGUGGUGAAUAAUGAAGGGUAUGGGACUAACGGGGUUGGAAAUGGGGAGAACGGGAACGAGUCUUUCAAGCGUGAGAUGAGGGAUUUGGAAGAACUUUUGUCAAAGUUGAAUCCCAUGGCUGAGGAAUUUGUUCCCACAUGGGCCACAUCACUAACAAAUAAUCAUGGCUACUUAGCUGGACCUGGUGCUGGGUUUGGUUACGCUAACAAUUUUAUGCUCCAUGAUAAUUAUGGCAAUGAUAAUGGGCAAACUAACAGAAGGAGGAAGAAUGGCUAUAAUCCUGGGAAGCGAAGGGUGAACAAUAAAAUGGAUGUGGAGAAUAGGGAAGAGAUGAUUCGUAGGACGGUUUAUGUGUCUGACAUUGAUCAACUGGUUACCGAAGAGCAGCUGGCAGGUCUCUUUCUUAAUUGUGGCCAGGUUGUUGAUUGCCGUGUAUGUGGGGAUCCUAACUCUAUUCUUCGGUUUGCCUUCAUUGAGUUUACAGAUGAAGAAAGUGCAAAUGCUGCUUUGAACCUGUCUGGAACCAUGCUUGGAUAUUAUCCAUUGAGAGUGCUACCUUCAAAAACUGCCAUUGCACCUGUUAAUCCUACAUUUUUGCCCAGGUCUGAAGAUGAAAGGGAGAUGUGCUCAAGAACAAUUUAUUGCACAAACAUCGACAAGAAGCUUACACAAGCAGAUGUGAAACACUUCUUUGAAUGUAUUUGUGGAGAGGUUCAAAGGUUGAGGCUUCUUGGGGACUACCAUCAUUCAACUCGAAUUGCAUUUGUUGAGUUCACAAUGGCUGAGAGUGCAAUUGCAGCUCUGAGCUGUAGUGGUGUGGUUUUGGGUUCACUGCCUAUAAGGGUAAGUCCAUCAAAGACACCAGUCCGAUCUCGAGCUCCUCGUACUUCUAUGCCCUGAAUCAUCCUUCCAUGUUUCUGGGGUUGAUUGCUGCUCAGUGAUAUAUUUACAUAUAUACAUACAUAGAAACAGACAUAUUUUAAGGUAUCCGUGGCAUUUAGUUGUUACUUUUGUCCUUUAAGUCUUGCAGUAUGGUAUCUUUGUCAGCUUAUAGAGUUGGAUGGCACUUGGAGGAUCUUGAAGGCUUAAUUUAUGAUGCGUUGAUCUUGCAAUUACAGAA